UGCAAUACCGCAGAUGAAUAACACGAUUUUCUGGUUGAAAGCUUGUCAAAAAAAUCGUCCAAAAUGAACAAUGUUUUAUCAAGAGCCAAUACUAUUUUUGCCUUCACGCUCAGUGUUAUGGCAGCCCUAACAUUUGGCUGUUUUCUGACGACAGCUUUUGACAGCAAUAUCGCACCAGUUUACAUGGAAACUGAAAAACAUCUGGUGAAGAAUACCUACACCCCACAUGGCGAGAAAGCCGACCGAGGUCACAUAACCUUUGACCUGACAUCUGACCUUGACCCACUGUUCACAUGGAACACCAAGCAGCUUUUUCUUUAUCUGAUGGUUGAAUAUGAGACGGAACACAAUAAAUUAAAUCAGGUCGUUUUAUGGGAUAAGAUCAUCAAGCGUGGCAGUAAGGCCAACUUGGACUUGAAGAAAAUGAGCCUAAAAUACCCGUUUUAUGAUGACGGUAACGGCCUUAAAGGGCACGACAAUAUUACAAUGACACUGAAUUGGAAUGUAGUACCAGGAGCCGGCAUGCUGCCGAGGGUCGGUGGCCAGGGCAAGCAUGUAUUUGGAUUCCCAGAUGAAUACAGUAGGAAGAGAGUAUGAUGGAAAGAUAACAUCCAAUCUUAAUCUCGUUAGGAAGCAUCAGCUGGGCCCAUAGUGUUAUAUAAGAACUAGAGGGCGCACCGGUGAUGCUGCGUGCACAAUUGCUACAGGACUGCAAGGAGACAUGCAUGCCAUUUUGUAAGAUGAACAUUGUACGUGCAAUGAAUAUGAAGUACACGUCGGUGUCUGUGUAUGAUAAAUACACGCUAUGCGACUGCGUAACUAGGCCAGUGCGUCCUCUAGUUCUUAUAUAUAACUCUAUGGCUAGGCCCCACUUUCACAGAGCUGCUGAAGCAAAACACAUUGCUAAACAAUUUUCUGCUCGGCGAAAAAAGUCUCUGAAAGUACAUGUGACCAGGGCUCAACUUCAAAAAGCAUGUAAGCACAAAAGCUUGCUUGGACAAAUUAGGUUACCAGCCAGAAUACCAUACAAUUACUAUUACUGCGACUGGUACUCGACUCAUUUUCUCGUAGCAUAGAAAUAUGCUCAGCAGAAUUUUUGCUAAACAGCUUUUUGAAAUUGGCGCCAUGGGAUUUCGGCUUAUUCUGAUCAAGCGUAAUUUCUUUUUUGCUUCACUACUUGUUUGUAUUUUUAAAUAGAGCUGUUAAAUUUGGGCCCAGAAAUCCUGUUUUAGACUUCAUGAAGUGUGCCACCCAGCCCCCUCCCUCUUAUCUAUGGAGGGCACAGGAAUAUGUGGGCUUUCAGGAGUUCCCUUGUGGGGUCUUAAACACAUUGCAACAAUGGACCACACAAGGGAAAUCUUUGUUAAACCUGGACCCAAGAAAGGAAUUCUUUAGAAAAAGGAA